AUGUCGCUCCUUCGUAAGAUUGUCCGAAAUGACAUGGUCAAAAAUGACCCCCAAGAGAUUUAUAAUCUCAGGGUUGUGUUGAUCAGUUUUGCAGCCUGCGGGGCAUCUAUGCUCUUUGGUUUCGAUAUGGGUGUUAUAGGAGGCGUCCUCACCAUGGAUUCUUUCAAAGAAGAAUAUGGUCUCGUUAAUAAAGACGCUACUGUCCUUGCAAAUCUUUCCUCAAAUAUAGUAUCUGUCAUCCAAGCAGGUUCGUUUUUAGGGGCCCUUACCUCCGCAUGGCUGGCAAAUGCUAUUGGGAGACGAAAGUCCUUGAUCCUUGCUGCGUUGGUUCUAUUUGUCGGUGUUGCCAUGCAGGCCGGGGCAAGUGGGAAGGUCGGAGUGUUGUAUGCUGGAAGAUUCAUUGGUGGCCUUUCGAUUGGACUGGCAUCUUCCGUCUGUCCAAUCUAUAUUGCCGAAAAUGCGCCUCGAGGUAUUCGUGGUUUUCUUACUGGGUUUUAUCAGUUGACAUUGGUUUUCGGUCUUACUUUGGCCUUCUGGAUCAACUAUGCUUGCGAGCUUCAUCUCACCGGCAAAGGGCAGUUUAUAAUCCCACUCUCUUUGCAGGCUUUUCCCGGUUUGAUCCUCUUCGUUGGAAUGCUCCUUUCAAACGAGUCUCCUCGAUACCUCGCCAUGAAACAUCCAGAGAAGGCAUCAAAGGUUCUGUCCAAACUGCGCAGCUUGCCGGAAGACCACCCUUAUGUGGUAGAAGAAUUGGCCACCUUGAAAGCACAACUCGAAGAAGAGGGAUCUCACAGUUUCCUAUCUUCUCUCAAAGAGUCAUUUUCAAAAAAGUCCUAUCGACGUAGGUCAAUCCUGUGCAUCGCCUUGAUGAUGUGGAGUAAUAUGACUGGAACAAACGCCAUGACAUACUAUUCUCCCACUAUCUUUGCCAGUGUUGGUUUGUCAUCUUCGUCUGUUGGUCUAUUUGCAACAGGCAUCUAUGGCAUUGUCAAGAUGGUCGCUUGCGCAAUCUUUAUCACGUUUGUCUCGGACACGCUUGGUCGACGGAAAUCGCUGCUGUGGACGGGAAUUGCUCAGGGUGCGAUGCUCUUCUAUGUCGGGUUCUAUGUCCGAUUCGAUACUAUCGAUGAAAACGCACCGAUCACCCCGCAAGGCUAUGUCGCUCUCAUUGCAAUAUAUCUCUUCGCGGCGAUUUAUCAGUUCGGUUGGGGAAGUGUGGUUUGGACCUACUGUGCUGAGAUACCCCCAACACGACUCCGUGCCCUCAAUAUGGGCAUGGCGACAUCCUCGCAAUGGUUCUGGAAUUUCGUAGUAGCUAAAUCAACCCCGACGAUGUUUGCAACACUGGGCAAGAAUGGUUACGGGACGUACUUUGUGUAUGGCAGCUUUUGUUUCGUCAUGGUGGUUUAUGUCUGGUUCUUUGUGCCAGAAACGAAGGGGCUCUCGCUGGAGUUCAUGGAUGAGCUUUUUGAGAGGGAAGCUGUGCGUGAUCAUUUCGUGCCAACCACGGACGUUCGUUAUGUGGGUGGAAAGGACAAGGACAAAGAAGAAGAUGCCUCAUUCGAGCAUAUUGAGAAGAAGGCAUAA